UCCCCACUCCCGCAGGCUCGCCCACCCCUUUUCCUCCCCUCAAGACUCUCCCUUCCCCUCUCCCCUGAAAAUUCUCCGCAUACUGGGUGCCAAAGUGGUGGCGGCAUCUCGCUAAGGGGAGCGGAGAGAUCCUCCCAAGUUUCCACUCCUUUGCUCCCCCAACCCGCCUUUGUUCUCUCCAACCCACUGCUGAACCCCAGGAAGGGGAGAAUUGGAGCUCAACUCGGUUCCAGUUCAGUGCUCCAGUCCGAGCUCGAUCGGCCUCCGCGGCGAGAUUCCGCCAGGGCAGCGAGAGAUGUACCGGGUUAAGAGCGAGAGCGACUGCGAGAUGAUGCAUCAAGACCAGAUGGAUUCCCCGGUGGCCGACGACGGCAGCAGCGGAGGGUCGCCUCACAGGGGAAGCGGACCCCCUCUGAAGAAAGGCCCCUGGACGUCGGCGGAGGACGCCAUCCUGGUGGACUACGUCAAGAAGCACGGCGAGGGGAACUGGAACGCCGUGCAGAAGAACACUGGGCUGUUCCGGUGCGGCAAGAGUUGCCGCCUCCGCUGGGCCAACCACCUCAGGCCCAACCUGAAGAAGGGGGCCUUCACUCCUGAGGAGGAGAGGCUCAUCAUCCAGCUCCACUCCAAGAUGGGGAACAAGUGGGCUCGGAUGGCUGCUCAUCUGCCAGGGCGUACUGACAAUGAAAUAAAGAAUUACUGGAAUACUCGAAUAAAGAGAUGCCAGCGAGCUGGCUUGCCAAUCUAUCCUGCUAGCAUAUGCAAUCAAUCUGCAAAUGAAGAUCAGCAGGGCUCCAGUGAUUUCAACUGUGGCGACAAUAUUUCCAGUGACCUUCUAAACGGAAAUGGUCUUUAUCUUCCAGAUUUUACCUGCGACAAUUUCAUUGGUAAUUCAGAGGCCUUAUCUUAUGCACCACAGCUUUCAGCUGUUUCGAUAAGCAAUUUGCUCGGCCAGAGCUUUGCAUCAAAAAAUUGUGGCUUCAUGGAUCAAGUAAACCAAGCUGGGAUGCUAAAACAAUCUGACGGUUUACUUCCUGGGUUGAGCGAUACCAUCAAUGGUACACUCUCUUCAGUGGAUCAAUUCUCAAAUGACUCUCAGAAACUCAAGCAGACUCUAGGUUUUGACUAUCUCCACGAAGCAAACUCUAGCAGCAAGAUUGUUGCACCCUUCUUCGAGGGUGCACUUACUGGCAGCCAUGCCUUUUUAAAUGGCAACUUCUCUACUUCUAGGGCCACUAAUGGUCCUCUGAAGAUGGAGCUCCCUUCACUCCAAGAUACCGAAUCUGAUCCAAAUAGCUGGCUCAAGUAUACCGUAGCUCCUGCGAUGCAGCCUACAGAGUUAAUUGACCCCUACCUGCAGUCUCCAACAACAACUCCUUCAGUAAAAUCUGAGUGCGCUUCACCAUCAAGGAACAGUGGUCUUUUGGAAGAGGUUCUUGGAGCUGAGGUAUUAAGAUCUGGGAAGAACCAACAGCAGUCUGUGAGAAGUUCAAGUUCCUCUGUCAGUACACCAUGUGACACAACGGUAGGUUGCCCAGAGUUUGAUCUCUGUCAGGAAUACUGGGAAGAACAUGGGAGUACAUACCUGAGUGAAUAUGCACCUUUCAGUGGCAAUUCACUCACUGAACCCACUGCUCCUGUCAGUGCUGCGUCACCUGAUGUUUUUCAGCUCUCCAAAAUUUCUCCUGCACAAAGCCCUUCACUUGGUUCUGGAGAGCAGGAAAUGCAGCCUGCAUAUGAGCCUGGGGCUGGCGACGCUUCACCUUAUCCUGAAAUCUUCAGGCCAGAUGCAUUAUUCUCUGGCAAUACAGCCGGCUCAUCCGUCUUCAACAAUGCCAUAGCAAUGCUUCUGGGAAAUGACAUGAACAUCGAGUGCAAAUCUGUUCUCGGUGAUGGAACCGUGUUCGAUCCUUCCUCGUGGAGCAACAUGCCACAUGCUUGUCAAAUGUCGGAAGAAUUCAAAUGAAUUCCUCGGCGUUUCUCGUGCUCGUAGGAUAUUCUUGGUAUUGCUCUUCCCAAUUGUUUUGAGGAUAAUUUUCAGGGAAAACAUCAUCUAUUGUAAUGCUGCAUAGCCGCCGACAGGUCCUUGAUGGCUGCUACUAGACGUGCUAUUCGUGCAACUAGACCUUUUGCCCAAUAAAGUUCGUGGAGAUAAGCCGGUUAUUUAAAUUUUUUGUUGUUUCAUAUUAGAGAACCCUUUUUUUGUUGUCCCUGUGGCCAGGAUUAUGUUGGAAAUUCGUCAUGCUGUGUUUUAUUUGGAGAAUGUAAGAUCAGCUACCCCUUUGUUUCCUGGUGUACUAUCUUUGUUGAACAUAUCCCCCAAUUGCCAAUGAGAUUGAUACCUAGUACUA